AUGUCUAUAAUUUUAGAUCGAGAAUUGCGUAAAAAUGCUCUUCCUCGAAGUAAUUUCCAAACGAAUGCAAAAAUGCUUCAAGAACUUACUAAAAGUAUAUUUUCGAAAUCAAAUAAAAUGCAAAUUUUAUCCGAAUUGUCUCGAACGAUUGCUACUGCAGUAAAUGCAUCUAAUUGGAAUUUAUUCUACUGCGAACAACCUCUACAAAAAAUUUAUUCUUUUGAUCCAGAAGACAAUAUAUUAAAAUCAAUAUUUAAAGACAUGCAAACUAUGGAUACCGUAAUAAUUAAAAUCAUGAUGUUUGCUCAGAAAUUAGUAAAAGCAGACAGAGCUUCUUUAUUUCUUGUCGAUCAUCAAACUAAAGAAUUAUAUGCAAGAAUAUUUGAUGUUAAUUGCGAAGAAAAUAAAUCCGAAUCAGCAAACGAAAUAAGAAUUCCAUUGGGAAGUGGAAUCGCUGGAUUUGUUGCUCUUACUGGCCAGUCUCUUAACAUACCUGAUGCGUACAACGAUCAUCGAUUUAAUAGAUCAAUUGAUCAACUGACAGGUUACGUUACUCGAAAUCUCUUAUGUAUGCCAAUUUAUCUAAGAAACACCGUUAUAGGAGUGGUUCAAAUGGUUAAUAAAGAAGAAGGAUUAUUCAAUGAAGAAGAUGAAGAAUCGUUUUCAAUCUUCUCAAUUUAUUGUGGUCUAGCUUUACAUCAUGCGAAACUAUACGAUAAAAUUCGCCGUUCGGAACAGAAAUAUAAAGUAGCUAUAGAAGUUCUCAGAUACCACAACGCGUGUACAGAUGAAGAAGUAGAACGAUUUAAACAUAUAACAUCGCCUAUAUCUUGUGACGAAUUAAUGAAUUUUUAUUUUUCAAGUUAUUCUCUAAAUGGAAAUGAGAAAGUUACUUCAACAACUCAAAUGUUUAUCGAUCUCUUUGGAUUGCAGAAAUUCGAAUUGGAUUGUUUGAUACGUUUUACGUUGACAGUAAGAAAAAAUUAUCGUACAGUCCCAUACCACAAUUGGAAUCAUGGUUUCAGUGUGGCUAAUUCUUCUUUCGUUAUUAUAAAAAGUGCACGUGGAGUUUUUAGACCUUUCGAAGAAUUGGCUCUUUUCAUUUCGUGUUUAUGUCAUGAUUUGGAUCAUAGAGGAAAAACAAACCAAUUUCUUAUUAAUUCAGAAUCACCUUUAGCUGCAAUUUAUACAACUUCCACAUUAGAACAUCAUCAUUUUAACCAAACUAUAUCAAUAUUACAGCAAGAUGGACAUAAUAUAUUCAAACAUUUAACAUCAGAAGAAUAUAAACAACUUUUAGGGAAUAUCAAACAUUGUAUUCUGGCUACAGAUUUAGCUCGCUUCUUUCAAUAUAAAACAAAACUUCAGUCACUGAUUGAAGAAGAUAAAUUUGAUUGGAACAACGUCGAUUACAGACUUUUACUAGAAGCUGUGACUAUGACGGCUUGUGACCUAUGUGCCAGUACUAAACCGUGGGAACAACAGAAGGAAACUGUUAAUGUAAUCUUCGAAGAAUUUUACGAACAGGGAGAUGCGGAAAAGGCUCAAGGAAGACAACCAAUCCCUAUGAUGGAUAGAAACAAACCGAACGAACAAGCCGCAUCUCAGGUCAAUUUUCUUAAAGGUAUUUGUGUUCCUUGCUACGAAUUGAUGUAUAAACUAAUUCCACAAACCAAACCUAUGAUUGAUGGUUGUUUGUAA